AUGUCAGACCCCCCCAACAACACCCAAACCACGUUUAGUGGCGGCGACCCUCCUGCCGACAAUAAUUAUACCGACAAUAAUAAUGAACAGACUAAUAUUAAUGAUAUGCAAAAAAUUAUUGCUGUUGAACUGAAGGAGAAAGAAAGUUCUCAUUCCAGAGGACCUCAUUCUCAUGAAGCUCAUCACAUCAAACCCUCGACAAAAAUCCAAAAAAAUAAUGAAAAACCAGACUCCCAUAAAAAAAUUGAAACUAUCCACAAAAAGCUUGAAUCGAAUGAUAAGCAUAAUGCUUCUUCAAACCACGAAACCCCCGUUGAAACCCCUAUUGUGAAUGUUGGUCCAACCUUGAACCCUACCUUUGACUCUUCACCAGAUGGUGGUGAUGUGGAAAUUGACGCAACACCAUCACGUGACAUGGAUGUUCUCAUGCCGGAUGCAAAUCCAUUUGGUGAUAAUUCUGAAGCCUGGGAAUACAUCUUAAAACUUAAGGAUGUAUUUCUGGUUGAAUUGUCUAUUGUUAAAGAAGACUUGAGUAUUACAAUUGAAGAUUGGGAAAUAAAAUUUCAAAAUCUUGAACUUAAAAACAAUGAGUUAGCUAAACAACUCAUUGCUUUGACCGAAAAGCUUAAAGCUUCAGAAGGACAAGUGAAUUCUCUUCGCUCAGAACUUGAUGUUUUGAGAAACAAUCAGGAAGUUAAGGAUAAUAAGGAUCAUUGCGAUAAAGUGAAACAUAAAGCUGAUGAAAUAGCUAAGAUGACUCUUCAAGAUUUGUCUCAAGAAAAAGCAAGAAACAAAAGAAUUAUCGACACUGAAAUCAAGGAAUUCAAAGAAAUGACCAACAAUCUUGAGAAAAGAGUUGAUAAUAUGGAAUACAAAGUUGGAACUAUUUCAACUAAGGCUGAUUUAACUACCAAAGAACUUAGCUACGCAAAAAGGAAAUCAAGAGUGCGACAUUAUGAAGGCUCAAAACAACACCGUGAAACUAAAGUUGAUGAAGACAAACCCACUUUUAGAGUGUGCAUAAGAAUUCCAGAUACCAUGAAAAGAGUUAAUAUCCCUGCGAUUGGAAAGAAAAUUGAUGCGGUUGCACAAAAGCCGGUGGCUCAGGAAAUAGGCUAUACUGUCAAAGGGCAUUUAUAUGUUCAACUUAAUGACAAAGAUUUUGCUGAUAAAGCUGCAGAAUGGAUCCCCAAAGUUGACCCUACUUAUUCAGUGCUUGACACAGAUUCUUGGUACAAGGCUGUACUUCAGGAAAUACCUAAUACGGCAUCGAUUGAAGACUUGAAAGAAACUCUCUACAAUUUUAAUGAUUACCAUAUUGUUUUGAAUACCGAACCCAAAAUCAUUAGCAGAAACCAAUUUACCCAAACAGCAUUGGUUUCAUUCAGAAAUGCCCAAGACUAUGCAAAGUGUGCUGAUAAUCUUAUUAUCCAGUACACAAAAGUUAAAGUUAGACCUUUUAUUAGCAGAAAAAAAACUCCUGAAGAACUCCAAGCUAUGCGUAAUAAGAUACGAUUAUUGAAAAAUGAAUCAGACAAAAAGGAUAAUGAGGCCCAUCCUGUUUCCACUGACGACUCACAAGAUGAACCGAUGAAAGAAACAAAUAUUGAAGAACUAGAUGAAUCCAAUGAGGAAGAAAACGAAAACAAUUCUAUUACAUCCAAUGAAUUAUAA